ACUAACAAACCGGUCACUGAAGCCGCUCGUUACAGUCAAUUUUAGGAAAUGGAUUUCAGCUCGAGAGGAGCGAACGGGAGCCCGAACGGCCCGCACGGCGCGUGGUUAUAGAGCGAGAUCAAAAAGCGCGUGGUCUGCGCGGCGGCCGCCUACGUUUUAUUCUCACUGCACCUCUGUGGACACAGUCCUCCGUAGCGCGUGUUGCUUAUCGGUCGGUGGCGGCGGCAGGAGCGGCCGUUCUCUGUCUGUUGUGACUGUGUGUGCGUGCGUGUGUGUGUAUGUGCGUGUGUGUGAAUGUAUGUAUGUGUGUGUGCGUGGUUUGCUCCUGAACCGGCAGAGUCAAAGACCAAGCGAGCCAGCAAGAAAGGCAGGCAGGGCAAAGAGGGGCAACCCGCGAGCGCUCAGCUAGCAACCGUACGUUUCACGGCGAGAGAUGGUCACGUCCACACCGGGGAUCCUUCUGCUGCCGAUGCUAAUAUGUCUCCAGCACUGCAUUAACGUCCACGGUACUAAGACAGAAUGUGAAGCCAACCAGUUUCAGUGUGGAAACGGUCGCUGCAUCCCGUCCGUCUGGCAGUGCGACGGGGACGAGGACUGCACCGACGGCAGUGACGAGAACUCCUGUGUUAAAAAGACCUGUGCAGAGGUGGACUUUGUGUGUCACAACGGCCAGUGUGUCCCAAAGAGGUGGCACUGUGAUGGGGAGCCAGACUGCGAGGACGGGUCAGAUGAGAGCUUGGAAAUCUGUCACAUGAGGACGUGUCGUGUCAACGAGUUCAGCUGCGGAGCGGGUUCCACCCAGUGUAUCCCCAUCUUCUGGAAAUGUGACGGAGAGAAGGACUGUGACAACGGAGAGGACGAGGUCAACUGUAGUAACAUCACCUGUGCCCCAAAUGAGUUCACAUGUGCCAGCGGCCGCUGCAUCUCGCGGAACUUUGUGUGUAACGGCGAGGACGACUGUGGUGACGGCUCAGAUGAGGUGGAGUGUGCUCCGUCCUCCUGUGGUCCCAGUGAAUUCCAGUGUGGAAACUCAUCGUGCAUCCCGGCCAGCUGGGUGUGUGACGACGACGUUGACUGCCAGGACCAAUCAGACGAGUCUCCGUCUCGUUGUGGCCGUCACCCGACGCCGCCGGCCAAGUGUUCGUCUAGUGAGAUGCAGUGCCGCUCAGGAGAAUGCAUUCAUAAGAAGUGGAGGUGCGAUGGAGACCCCGACUGCAAGGAUGGCAGCGACGAGGCCAACUGUCCUGUUCGCACCUGUGGACCAGACCAGUUCAAAUGUGAUGAUGGAAGCUGCAUCCUGGGCAGCCGACAGUGUAACGGCAUCAGAGACUGCACCGAUGGAUCAGAUGAACUCAGCUGCAAAAACAUGACUCAGUGUAACGGGCCAGAGAAGUUCAAGUGUCGCAGUGGGGAGUGUAUCGAGAUGAGCAAAGUGUGCAACAAAGUCCGAGACUGUCCCGACUGGAGCGAUGAACCCAUCAAGGAAUGCAAUCUAAACGAGUGUCUCCUGAAUAACGGCGGCUGCUCUCACAUCUGUAAAGACAUGGUGAUUGGCUUUGAGUGUGACUGCACGCCUGGACUGCAGCUCAUCGACCACAAGACCUGCGGAGACAUCAACGAGUGCCUGAACCCUGGCAUCUGCAGUCAGAUCUGCAUCAACCUGAAGGGAGGAUACAAGUGUGAAUGCCACAACGGCUACCAGAUGGAUCCGACCACCGGAGUCUGCAAGGCUGUUGGUAAGGAGCCCUGCCUCAUCUUUACUAACCGUCGUGACAUCCGCCGUCUGGGUCUGGAGAGGAAGGAGUACACUCAGAUCGUGGAGCAGCAGAGGAACACAGUGGCUCUGGAUGCAGACUUUGACCAGCAGAUGAUCUUCUGGGCUGACCUGGGCCAGAAGGCCAUAUAUAGCACUGUGCUGGACAAACGCGCGGACGUUGGCACCCACAAAAAAGUGAUAGACAACGUCCAGACUCCAGUGGGAAUCGCAGUGGACUGGAUCUAUAAGAACCUGUACUGGUCUGAUCUCGGCACCAAAACCAUUUCUGUAUCCAACUUCAACGGGACCAAACAGAAAGUUCUGUUCAACAGAGGCCUUAAAGAACCGGCUUCCAUCGCUGUGGAUCCACUGUCUGGGUUCCUGUACUGGUCUGACUGGGGUGAACCUGCCAAGAUUGAGAAAUCUGGUAUGAACGGAGUUGACAGACAAGUUCUGGUGGCAACAGACAUCCAGUGGCCUAAUGGAAUCACUCUGGAUCUGAUCAAAGGCAGGUUGUACUGGGUCGACUCGAAGCUGCACAUGCUCUGUAGCGUCGACCUGAAUGGAGACAACAGGAAGAAAGUACUGCAGUCGUCAGACUACCUGGCUCAUCCAUUCGCUCUCACUGUUUUUGAGGAUCGGGUCUUCUGGACAGAUGGUGAAAAUGAGGCUAUCUAUGGCGCAAACAAGUUCACCGGCUCUGACGUGGUGACGCUGGCCAGCAACCUGAACGACCCCCAGGACAUCAUAGUCUAUCACGAGCUGAUCCAGCUAUCGGGUACUAACUGGUGCACAGAAAAAGGUGAAAAUGGAGGCUGUAGCUACAUGUGUCUGCCUGCACCGCAAAUCAACAAACACUCCCCCAAAUACACCUGUGUGUGUCCAGAGGGACAGGAGCUGGCUGCUGACGGCUUGCGCUGUAGACCUGACCCUUCUACCAAAGGUCCCUCAAAGGAUGAUGGGAAAGCUCUAAUACAGCCGCCCUCAGAAGCCAACGUGAGCACGUCGAUCCAGGUGAACUCCACAGCCAGAGGGUCUGCUGCUGCCUGGGCCAUACUGCCUGUCUUGCUGCUGGCGAUGGCAGCAGCAGGCGGUUACCUGAUGUGGAGAAACUGGCAGCUGAAGAACCAGAAGAGCAUGAACUUUGACAACCCUGUCUACCUGAAGACCACAGAAGAAGACCUCAACAUCGAUAUCACCCGACAUGGCGCCAACGUGGGACACACCUACCCUGCGAUUUCUAUAGUGAGCACAGAUGAUGAUUUGUCCUGAUCGUCUUGGUUGUUUUUUGUUUUUUUUUUGUUUUUGUUUUUACGGCAGCCCGUAGCGUUGCAUGGCGCCUCCUUGUUCCCAUGCCGCUGGUUGUCCGUAGCAGCAGCAGCCCUUACAGUACGACCACAUGCCUUCUGAAGUGCAUUAUGUCAUUAUCUGUGGUGAGGAUGACCGGAGGAAAUGUUAUUUAUUAUGUGAAUACUACAAUGAAUUAUGUGUCAUAACUGUUUUCACUCAGUCCGUCCAAAGUAUUAUGGAUUUUUUUUUUCUUUUGGUCUUUAUUUUCGAAGCCUCAGAUAACUUCCGGUUUUGCCCCGCAGUCUGAAAGGUGUCCGACGCCAUCUUUUCACAACUCUUUGAUUGCCUCUCGCAGGGCUUUCUGUGUUCAGGCUGAACUGGAAAACCGACAAGAGGACGCAGUAUUUCUCUCGUCAAACAGAUUAGCUCUGCUGGACAGGAUCUGAAACUAGAUCUGAGCUCUCAGAAUCCGACAAAAAGAUGGCGGGAGACUUAAGGGUCAAGGGACAUUUAGAAAUGAAAUAUUCCUGGGGAUAACAUCAUCCAAACUUUAUUUCUUGCCUCCCGAUACAGCAGGCUCAGAUAUGUGAAUAUUUAUAUACAACCAUGUUUUGGGCAGUAAUAUCUAAGAAAUGUACGUUUUCCUUUAUUUGUUAAUUUUUAUGUGGUUAUUUUUACGUUUCCUUUCCUAUGGUACCUCCAGGAGCUCGUUCUUACAAGCAGUUUUCUCAGUCAGCGAUCAGCAUUAUUAUUAUUAUUAUCAUCAUUAUUAUCAUUACUAUUAUUAUUAUUAUUAUUAUUAUUAUCAUAGAAGCUGUGUAAGGAUCACCAUGGUUACUGCAUUUGUAAACACUGUACAUAUUUACCCAUCAUCCCUCAGAGACAUGACCGUCAAUCAGGACUCUCUUCAAUGCACUUUGAUCAAAUGUUCCUUGUGUAAAUAAGAUUGUAUACAUUUGACUUGAAAUCAAUUUUUUGCUAUGGUUGGGCAUCGCACCAGGG